GCUGUUUUUGCCACUUGGCGUGUGGUCGGGGCACGGAUUCCUCACUCCUUCCGCAAUUGUAAUGGCGUCCUCCAAGGCUCUUCAUCAAUCGUUUAAUUUAUACAUUACUCCAGACGUAUACUUGUUCGAGCCUACGGAUUCCAAUGGAAAUGCUGACACGUUCAGCAAGUCGCUUGUAAUAUCAAGGCACUCUGCUGAGAUCACGCUAAGUGAUUCCAGCGUGUCUACACCUUCCAAGUCUUUCCAUGCGCUCACCGUUUACGGAAUCAUGGGGAUAUUGCCCCUUACAACCACGGACUAUCUGGUCUUAAUAACCGGCCGUUCUCCCGCCAGGGGUAGGAUGAAUGGCCAUACCAUUUACCUUGCCACCGAAUUCCGCGUUCUGCCGAUUGCCACACCCAGUGCCAACACUCUUAUCUCGCAUCCCGUCGAGCGACACCUCGUUGGCUUGGUGGAAAAUCAUCUUUCCGCCAGUGUGUUGUGGUUUAGCUACGGAUGGGACUUGACACGUUCACUUCAGGCUCAAGCAUUGAGGCCCAGUGAAGGGAAGGCGUUGUGGGAGACAUUAGAUGAUCGUUUCUUUUGGAACAAGUACAUCCAGUCUCGGUUUAUCGACAUCACGACUUCAAAUUCAUCGCAAGAUCUGAGUCAAUUCAUCCUUCCUGUCAUGUAUGGGUCUUUUGAAAUGCGCCAGUUACAUAUCGGCCGUAUUCCCUUCAACUUCGUCCUCAUCUCCCGCCGAUCCCGCUACCGUGCUGGAACUCGUUAUUUCACCCGGGGUAUUGACUCAGAAGGCCACGUAGCGAAUUACAAUGAGACCGAGCAAAUCAUCUUCAUUGAUGAUGAGGACGAUGCUGCGUCCCAGAAUGGGAGCUCCUACGGAUACGGUGGUUUAACAGAGGUGAAGGGUACGACACGAAUGAGCUUUGUGCAGACCAGAGGGAGUGCGCCGUUCUAUUGGGCGGAAAUCAACAAUUUGCGAUACAAGCCCGACUUGCAGAUAAUGGAGAAGAGUGACACUCUCGUCGCCUUUAGGCUUCACAUUCGCGAACAACUGCAAGUCUACGGAAAACAACUUCUUCUCAAUCUCGUCAAGCAGAAGGGUCAUGAAAAACCUGUCAAGGAGGCAUACGAACGAGUCGUAAGCGACAGCAAGCUCCCUGAUGUCCGCUACGAGUACUACGAUUUUGCCACGGAGACGAAAGGGAUGAAGUUUGAGAAAAUCAAGUCGCUCAUCGACAGACUCCGGGAUCAACUGGAAGAGAUUGGUUACUGCCGGGUUAGCGAUACGAGUUCGGCUCCUGUUCGGCAGCAGAACGGGGUCGUUAGGACUAACUGCAUGGAUUGUUUGGACCGGACCAACGUCGUGCAAUCGGCUCUUGCGAAGGAGGUUCUUACGAUGCAGUUACGCUCGAUAGGUGUUCUAAGCGAGAAAGAGUCGUUGGACGAUCAUGAAGAUUUCAUGGAGGUCUUUAGAAAUGUUUGGGCCGAUCAUGCAGAUUACAUCUCAAAGGCGUACAGUGGCACUGGCGCUUUGAAGACCGAUUAUACUCGAACUGGGAAGCGAACGAAGCAGGGUUUGAUUCAAGACGGGCAGAAUUCGAUUGUGCGAUACCUCAAGAACAAUUACUUCGAUGGACAUCGGCAAGAUGCCCUCGAUUUGUUCUCUGGAGCUUGGAUUCCGAGAAAAGGGCCUGCCAUGGCUUUAGCUCUGGUCACUGACAGCAGACCGCUUGUCACCCAAGCCAUGCCAUACGUUUUGUUCUUUUCAAUCUUCAUGGUGUUCGCAGGCAUGAUUCUUCCACGCCAGUCGAAGUAUUCUCUUUACUAUUACAACCUUUUCUGGUUUCUUUUUAUCACCAUUUCGCUGGUGUACAUUCUCGGCCAUGGGGUUGAGUACGUGCAAUGGCCCCGACUCAACCCGCCGAACGAAGUUAUCUUCUAUGAAGGGCCUGGCUACAAGAGUGGCAGGAAGGGCACUGGAUUUACCAUUCCCUUUGGUCUCCACGAUCACCUGCUGAAACGGGGCGUCAAAUUGGGAGGGACGUUCUCUGGUUCUGGGGCUCAGCAUCGACGGGGAAGGGCUGAUGAAAUAGAGAUGGGGCUUAAAAAACGCACAGACUAAGUCAUAUUCUAAUUAGUUUUCCACUGCUUUAUUGGCCCUUCCUCCGCUAAUAUCAGUAUCCAUAAUUUAUUGGUACGCACCCGUUUUGCUCUGCUCAAUAAUGGGACCUGUUUUUGAACUCGCUGUGACUAUUCAUGCAACCGAUGCAUUAAGCCAUUAGAGUAGUACAUACACCCAAAGGUAUGAUCAAUUAGGGACGAAAGUGAGAAGCUACAGAACCAUGUCCAUCCUCGAAAGAAUAAUGAUACAGACAGCAGUGGCAUAAAAAAGAUGUGAAAGAAACCAAGCCCCGAAAUCACUCUUAUAUAUCAUGACGAUCCACCCAGACGCCCCCACCCAAAAAGAUCUUUACUCUUUUCUUGGUGAUCUGGAAGUUGACGAGGCUCAACGAGAAGGCUUC